AUGUCUAGAAACAAAGAAAAAGCACAAUCGCUAUUGAACCUGUAUUAUGCACAAAAAGGACCACAAAUUCCUACGCAGAGGCCGAGAUCUACGGAAGAUGUCAAAAGUGUAACAGACGCAGAGUUAUUCAGGAAGAUGUGCAUUCAAGAUAUCGACAAGAGUUUGAUGAAGAUAAACAAUCCAUUAAUCAAUGAGUAUGAGAUAAGAGACUUGAAUUCAAAGCUCAACAAAUUAUUCCGCGAGAAACGGGCUUGGGAACACAGAAUUAAAGAUCUUGGUGGUCCGGACUAUUUACAAUUUAUAACAAACAGUAACGAAACCAUAAUAAAAGGAUGCCGAUAUUUUGGAAGGGCCAAAGAGCUCCCAGAUGUACAAGAACUUCUGAAAUUAUCCAGAGAAGAAAAAACAGAGAAUACACAAAACUUUCGGAGGAAAAAGUAUAGGGAUGAAUCAAGGAAGCAGCUGAAUCUCUUGCAACUAGAUGCUAGAUAUUAUGGAUUACUCGACGAGGACCGAUCAUCACAGCAAAGAAUAGGAAAUGGUGUAUUAGGAAUUCCCUCUGAAGAAGAACUUUUAGAUGAAGUGAAAUCAACUUUGGGGGACAAAUCUCUACCUACUCCAAUUAUAACACGUCAAGAACUCAAACAUUCACUAAAUCCGGCUACCCCCGGAAAUACUAAGGAUGAUGACAUUAUAAAAUACGAGAGAGCAGUUACAAGGGCUGCCUCAAGAAGAUGUGAGACUGAGGCUAAACCCACAAUUACAAUUCCGACAGAGGACUUCAUAGCCGACAAAUCAGCUGUAGAUAAGAAAGUCGAGGAGAUGAUCGUGGCGCACAAGAAGAAAGAGCUUCUUGAAAAACUUGGCGAUAUAUAA